AUGGGAUCCCAGCCCGGGCCCCAGGGCGCCAGCUGUGGUGGAAACAUCGAGGCCGCGGCGAAGCUUCUGGACGAGAUGUGCCACCUGACGGCUCAGUCUCUGAUACCGAUGGACACAUCGGAGCACUUCCAGGUCCUGAAGCUGCUCGGUGAGGGCUCGUAUGGAAAGGUCAUGCUGGCCGUGCACAGGAAGAGAGGGACGCCGAUGGCUCUGAAGUUCUUCCCUCGGGAGUCCACCUCUCUGAUCUCGUUCCUGAGGGAGUACAACCUCUCUCUGUCCUUCUGUAGCCACCCCUCCCUCACCAGAGCGCUGGGAAUCGCCUACUCCACGCCUUCGCACUACGUCUUCGCUCAGCAGGCCAGCCUCUUUGGAGACCUCUAUGACAUCAUCUUGCCUGAGGUGGGUAUGGAGGAGGACAGCUGUCAGCGGGUGGUGUCCCAGCUGUGUGGCGCUCUGUCCCAUCUGCACUCCCUUGGUUUUGUCCACAGGGACCUCAAGCCAGAGAACGUCUUCCUGUGUGACUCCGCCUGCCGCUGGGUCAAACUGGGAGACUUUGGCAUGGUGAAGGCCAGAGGCACCAGGGUCCCUGAGGUGUGGUACAGCUCCCCAUACUGCACCCCCGAGGCCGAGACUGCUCGUGGGAAUGAGGACAGCUGGAGCAGCAUGAAUGCCGGUGAAGAGGAGCAGAAGAAGACGAGGGUUUGGGUUUCUGUGGAGCCCAGCACCGACAGCUGGGCCCUGGGAGUCCUGACCUACGCCAUGCUCACCGGCAGUCACCCCUGGGCGGAGACAGCCAGCGACUGCCGCUCAUACCUGAAAUAUCAGGAGUGGUUUGAGGGAGUGAAAAGUCCUGAAGAUGAACCGGAUCGGCCUGAAGGAGGAAAGAAAGACAGUGUUCCUGCAGCACCCCAGUUCGCCUGCUUCACUCCACUGGCCUGCUCCCUCUUCCUGUCGCUGCUCCACCCGCGAGCCGAGCUCCGAGGACAACCUGAGGACGCGUUGAGCUACCUCGGGGGGGACUGGAUGAGGGAGCAGGAGAGGGAGAGGCUGGAGGAGGAGAGGAAGAAGAGCAGAGGGAAGGCAGACUUCAGAAGCAUGAGAGAGAUGGAGGGCAGAGCGGAGCGAUAGAGAAACGCUGGAGUUAGGUUCAUGCUUUUAUUUUGAAAAACCUAUUACAGUUAUAGGAUCACAGUUAUGGAAUAUAAUUUAAGAUAAUUCUGAUCAAGCUCAACAAUCUGCUGCUCAAAUGU